CUGCCGGCCCGCACUCUGCGGCAAGGAUGGCGGAAGGGAGGAUGUCGGAGCGAGCUCGCCUGGAACGUCCUCGGGGGGACCGAGGAAACCAGGAACGGAACCAGGCGCUGGCAGCGCUCACCUUGGACCCAGAGAAGAUCCGGGGCAAACAUGCCGCCCUCUGCUUUGCCACCAUGGCCGUCAUGCUGGGGCUGCCCCUGUGGUGGAAGACGACGGAGACCUACCGGGCUUCCCUGCCUUAUUCCCAGAUCGGCCACCUGGACGCCAUGCUGCUCCGGCUCCGCGUUCCCGUCUCCGUGGUGUUCAUCCAGGGCUCUCUGCCCAUAGUGGAUCAGCAGAAACUGCCCUUCACGGUUGUCAAUGAGCGAGACGUCCCAUUGAAGUGCAAAAUGAAGCUCAAGUGCCGCUUCCAGCUGGCCUACCGCAUGGCGGGCUCCCAUGAGGAGAAGGCCUUCAAGAAGGACACCAUUGAAGAGGCUGAAGCCGCGCUACCUUUGCCAAAGGAGGAUACAUUGGGCUCACUCAACAUAUUUGUGAUUCCCGAGAAAUCCUCGCUGCUCCCCAAGGACAAGAUGAGCUACAUCGGACCCAAGAGGACCGCCUUCCUUCGGGGGACCCAGGUCCGGCAGGCCCUGACGGUGGUUGGGCAGAGGAUACUGCAGGUGGCUCAGUCCAUGUCGCUGACCGAAGAGGUCCUGGCCGCCGCCCUGGGCGACCGCCUCCCCGAGGACAAAGUGAGCUUGGACAAGAGGCGGCCCCUCAAGUCUAGCCUGGGCUACGAGAUCACCUUCAGCUUAUUGAACCCUGAUCCCAAGUCCCACGAAGUCCACUGGGACAUAGAGGGGGCCGUGGAGAAUUACGUGCAGCCCUUCCUGAACCUGCUCAGCGUGGUGGGCAACUUCUCCAUGGACUCUCAGAUCCUGUACUACGCCAUGCUCGGGGUGACUCCUCGCUUUGACGCGGCCUCGUCCAGCUACACCUUAGCAGCUCACAGCCUCCCCCACGUCAUCAACCCUGUGGAGGCGCGCUUGGGAUCCAGGGCUGCCUCCCUCUACCCGGUCAUCAACUUCCUCCUGUACGUGCCUGAGCGCGCCCACUCCCCGCUGUAUAUCCAGGACAAGGACGGCGCCCGCGUGGCCACCAACGCCUUCCACAGCCCGCGCUGGGGCGGCAUCAUGGUGUACAACGUCGACCCCAGUGCCUACAACACCACGAAGUACCCCGUGAAGGUGGACGUGGACAUGGUCCCCGUGAUGGAGGUGUUCCUGUCCCAGAUGCGGUUGCUCUUAGGGAUCCUCCCUCCCCAGAUGCCGCCACACUUCCUUCUGGGAGGCCCUCCCCCUGAAGGGCUGCGCUCCUGGGAGGUGGACCGGCUGGUGUGGGCCCGCACCGUGGAGAACGUGGCCACGGUCGUCACCACGCUGACCUCCCUGGCCGAGCUGCUGGACAAGAUCGGCAACAUCGUCAUCAAGGACGACGUGGCCUCGGAGGUAUACCGAGCAGUGGAUGCCAUCCAGGAGGCAGUGGUGGAGCUGUCCGCUGGGAACCUGGAGACUGCUUUCCGUUACAGCCGGGAGGCGGUGACAUCCUCAGAGAAGGCCUUUUUUGACCCUUCCCUUCUUCACCUCCUCUACUUUCCUGAUGACCAGAAGUUUGCCAUCUAUAUUCCCCUCUUCCUGCCCAUGGCAGUGCCCAUUUUUCUCUCCAUGAUCAAGAUUAUUGUGGAAAACCAAAAAGCCAGGAAGGAUAUUGAAAAGGUGGACUAAGUGUGCCAGGCAGGGAGAACGGGGGCAAAGGGUUCCCCCUUUGUGGGAGGGGCGGGUUGGAGAGCAGAUUAAUUACUGCUCCCAGGAGUAGCCCGGCCCCACUAGGAGAGCCCGUGUCCUCCUGUCCUUUGUCCCUUCACCCUGCGGGUCCUUUUGGAUAGAGGCCAGGCCUUCGGGUGGGUGGGGGGUGGGGGGUUGGGCAAAGGAGGCCCUCCAAGAAGUCCUUUGCCCUGGGGUCGCUCUCAUUUACUUCCCUGAGAAGGGACAGGCCAGUUGGUGGGUUGGGAGGGUAAAAAGGGGAGAAAACUGAAAAGGAAAUAAAAGUCUUAGGGUCAUCUGA